CAAGGACAAGUAACAACAACCAAUAAAUCUUCCAAAACUAAAAUAACGAGGAGUACCAUAAGUUCUCCAAUGUCUUCAGGACCCCCUUCACCCGUCAAAAUGCAUAUGAAAAGUAAAUCACUAACAUUACGUGGUUCACCAAAGAAGUUUAAACCUAAUUUGACCGUACUACAACGUGCGUGUUUUCAGCCAUUAGAAACAAAGGAUAUUGGUUCGUUACGGAGACAAAAUGAAAUGGGCGAUCCUCUACAAUUUUGUAAUCAACAUUGUGGCCGUGCGGAAGGCGAAGUUUCAUUUGUUCUUAA